AUGGUGGGGGUCCUGGCCAUGGCGGCUGCAGCUGCUCCCCCUCCAGUGAAGGACUACGAGAUUGAGCCAUGCAAGAAGCGACGAAAAGAUGAUGACCGAUCUUCCUGUAAAACAAUUACAAAAUAUUUAUCACCGAUAGGGAAGACUGGAGACAGAGUUUUCUCUCCACCAAAAUCUAGUAAUAUUAUGGAUUAUUUUAGAAAGACUUCACCCACAAAUGAGAAGACACACUCAGUGAAAGAGUGUAAGAUAAAGUCAUCUGCACCAUUGCCUGUUGACAAUAACAAAGAUUGUAAAAAACCUUUGGACACAUUCUCAAAUACAGUAUUUAAGAAGAAAGUAAAGAGGGUUAAUUUAUCUCAACAGCUAAAUAAUAUAAAAACUGAGAAUGAAUCUCCAAUUGAAAUUAACAGUGAUGAUAGCAAAGAAGACUGUAGUUUAAAUAAUGAUUUUGUGGAAAAUAGUGCUUCUGUUUUACUUUACAAUAAACAUGUGGAGGUUCUUGUAGAAAGUAUUCAUGAUGUUGAAAGACAGUCAAAUGCUAUGACUUUCAAGAAAAAUUCUAAGAAAGUGAAUCCUAAACAAAGGAUGACAAAAGGUGAUUGUAAAAGGUUAGGAAAAAGGAAAUACAGAGAUGUAAUAGAUCUAUCUGAAAGUUUACCCUUGGCAGAAGAACUAAAUCUGCUUCAAAAUAGUGAUAAAGACAGCAAAGAGAUAGUAUCUUCCCUAACUAAUGAAAUUGAGAGUACUACAAAUGAAGCAAACUCUAGUGAUCAUGUUACUGAAACAGCCCAUUUAAAUGAUUGUACAAUAACUGUCUCAUAUGAAGAAUUUUUAAAAAGUCACAAGGAAAAUAAAGUGGAACAGAUACCAGACUCAACAAUGUCAAUUUGUUUACCUUCUGAAACUGUUGAGGAAAUAGGCACAAGUGGUUAUAUAAGUGAAUCAGAAAACUGUGAGAUAUCUCAGCUGAUGCGCUUUAAGACAGUUACUGUCCUUGCACAAGUUCACCCCAUUCCUCCAAAAAGGACAAAGAAAAUACCCCCAAUUUUCUUGAAACAAAAGAAAUUUGAGAUGGAAAAUAGUCUUUCUGAUCCUGAGAAUGAACAGACAAUUCAGAAAAGAAAAUCUAAUGUUGUUAUACAGGAGGAAGAAUUAGAAUUGGCUGUGUUGGAAGCUGGAAGUUCUGAAGCUGUGAAACCAAAGUGUACCCUAGAAGAAAGGCAGCAGUUUAUGAAAGCAUUUAGGCAGCCAGCAUCAGAUGCAAUUAAAAAUGGUGUCAAAAAGUCUUCAGAUAAGCAGAAAGACCUCAAUGAAAAAUAUUUAAAUGAAGAAGGACGAGAUAAUAAUUCUAAGAAAAUCAUGGAAAAUCUUAAUAUUCAAAUGGUUUCAAAUGGUAGUUCACAGUCACACGCUGAUAGAAGAAGUUUUCCUACGGAGAAAAGUAAAAUGCUAAAGAAAAAGAAUAAGGAAACAUUAGAUACUGGGGCUACUACAGGUGAAAACCAAAAAGAAAAUAAUCAAAAGAAAGAAACAAUUCUUUCCUUAAGAAGUAAACAAAAUCAGAAUAGACUUAGAAUGAGUUUGAGACACAAGAAAUCAGAAAUUUUCAAAAGCACUACAUUACUUAACAGUGAAAAUCUUGUUUGUGAAGGUAUAGCAAAUGAUGACCCUCUAAUGAUUUCUUCUCUGUGUGACAAGAAUAAAUCAUCAAGGAAAACCAGCACAUCAAUUAAAGAAAAGAUUAUAUAUCCUAAAGCUGAACCUGAAGACAGAUUGGUAAAUGUUUCCACACCUAAAUCAUCCAGACGAUCUAUAAGAAAUAGCAGCACACCUACUACCAUUAGAGGUCCUGAUUAUGAAGAUGUACAAGACAAUAGUCCAGUAAAGUUUUCUACUCCCAAAACAGCCAGUGUAUCAGAAAAGCAUAGCCUAUACACAGCAGAAUUACUAACAGUACCCUCUGAUUCAGAGAGCCCUAUUAGAAUGAAAUUUACCAGAAUUAGUACUCCCAAAAAAACUAAGAAAAAAUAUAAUAAAAAGUCUAAGAAAUCAGAGGCAACUGGUGGAGAUUUUACUUCUCAAAAUAGAAAGGCAAGCAAAACUCAAAAAAAUAUAUCAAAAGCAAAACAAUUGAUCGAAAAAGCAAAAGCUUUACACAUCUGUAGGUCAAAGGCUACUGAAGAAACAGUGAUACCUUUAAGGCGUUCCUCUAGACAUCAGAGGCUUCCUGAAGGAGAGAAACCACCAAAAACAGAAGAUGUUAUAAUAAUAGAUUCAAGUCCUACUUCUUUAAAGACAUCAGAGAAAAAUCAGAAGAAACUUCAGUGUUUGAACGAUGUGCUAGGACAAAAGCUUGACAAGUCUCCUAAAAAUGUACCUGGAAAAAUGAAAGUUGCCCCUUUAUUUAUUGCCAGAAAGGUUCCAAAAACAGCUGAUCCUGACGUUGGUUUGGAAGAGAGCAGUCAAGAUACAUCUGAGAAAUCUCAGGACUGUGAUGUACAAUUUAAAGCAAAGCGUGAUUUUCUAAUGAGUGGUUUGCCAGAUUUGUUGAAACGACAAAUUGCAAAGAAAGCUGCUGUUCUGGAUGUGUACAAUUCAUUGAGUACCAGUUUCCAGAAAGUUGUUCAUAUACAACAAAAAGAUGAUGGGUGUUGGUUAUGGAAUUUGAAACUACCUACUUGUCCUCUGUUAACUACAUUUAAGGAGUCUAAUACUAAAGUAAUAGAUCUCUCAAAAUGUGUUAUUGCUCUUGGUGAAUUUUCAACAUUGAAUUCAAAUUCAAAAAGUAAUUCUGCUGUCAUGCUUAUAAGGACAAGGAAGAAUUUUACUAAAGAAGUAAGAAAUCUUUUGCUAGAAGAAAUUAGGUGGUCAAAUCCUGAAUUUUCUGUGGGAAAAUAUUUUCCCUUGCUUCUAAAAAAACAAAUUGAGCACCAGGCACUUUCUGAGUAUCAUGGUAAACAAGAAAAUCCACAAGUAGAGCUUGAUAACAAUCAAAAAGAAAGCAAAAGGAAACGAGUGGAAAUAGAAAAUCAGAAGUCAAAAAGAAAGAAACCAAAUGAAUAUUCAGUAAGUCCAGUAAAGAUAAAUGGGAAGCCAGAAGAACUUGACAAAAGAAACAACUCUUUUGAGAAAAAGCUAGGUUCUUCCAAAGAUUCUGGAACUGAAGACAUGCUUUGGACAGAAAAGUAUCAACCUCAAAAUGCCAGUGAACUCAUAGGCAAUGAGUUAGCUAUAAAAAAGUUACAUAGUUGGUUGAAAGACUGGAAGAGAAGAGCUGAACUGGAAGAAAGACAGAAUUUGAAGGGAAAAAGAGAGGAGAAACAGGAAGGUAUUUCAGAUUUGUCAGAUAGCAAAGACUUUAAAGGCAGUUCAGAUGAUGAGGAAGAGAGUCGUCUUUGCAAUACUGUUCUUAUAACAGGGCCAACAGGAGUGGGAAAAACUGCUGCAGUGUAUGCUUGUGCUCAGGAGCUUGGAUUCAAGAUAUUUGAAGUAAAUGCCUCUUCCCAGCGCAGUGGUAGACAGAUUCUGUCUCAGCUGAAGGAAGCUACUCAGUCCCAUCAAGUAGACAAGCAAGGUGUAAACUCACAAAAACCCUGCUUUUUUAAUAGCUACAACAUAGGCAAGUCACCAAAAAAAUUAAACUCUCCUAAGAAAGUUGUUACUUCACCAAGGAAACUUCCUCCAUCAUCACCAAAAAGUAAUGGGCAGAAGCGAGGAAUUCCCCCUAAAACUUUGGCAAAUUACUUUAAAGUAUCUUCCAAGUCCAAAAAUAAUGAAGAAAUAGGAGAACUUCUGGAAAGUAAUAAAGGAAUUAAAAAUUCUUUGGAACAGAAGCAAAUUACUCAGACUAAAUCUGCAAGUGUACCUAAUUCAAAUGUCAAAGAAUUUGGAGCUGAAGAACCCAACAGGAAAAAUGCAACAUCUCUUAUUCUUUUUGAGGAGGUUGAUGUCAUUUUUGAUGAAGAUGCUGGUUUUUUGAAUGCAAUCAAAACAUUCAUGGCAACAACGAAACGACCUGUAAUCCUUACUACAAGUGAUCCAACAUUUAGUUUACUGUUUGAUGGCUGCUUUGAAGAAAUCAAUUUCAGUACUCCUUCUCUGCUAAAUGUUGCCACCUACCUACAAAUGAUAUGUUUAACUGAAAAUUUCAGAACUGAUGUAAAAGACUUUGUAACCUUGUUAACUGCAAAUGGUUGUGAUAUCAGAAAAAGUAUCCUUUACCUACAAUUUUGGAUUAGAAGCGGAGGUGGAUUUUUAGAAGAAAGGCCAUUAUCUCAUUGUCGAGGAAGUAGCAGAAAUAAACAACUAGCUUGCUCUGAAGAUGGCCCUGCUUCCAAAAAUAACACUAGAAAUACCAAAAGCAAUCAUGUGGACCUUCCCAAAUGUGACACUGGCUGUGUUGAGACCUUGUUUGGACUCAAGAACAUUUUUUCCCCAUCUGAAGACUUAUUUUCAUUUUUAAAGCACAAAAUCACUACAAAGGAAGAAUGGCAUAAACUCAUCCAGCUUCUUACAGAAUUCCACAUGCAGGAUGUAGAUUUUUUAUAUAGCAAUCUUGAGUUUAUUCUACCAUUACCAGUUGAUAUCAUUCCAGAAUCAAAAACCAUUUGUGGCUUAUCAAUAAAUGUGGAUGCCAGUGCAGCAAGGAGCAUGAAGUGUCUUGCUAGGAAAUGUACUGAAGGAGAGCGGCCAUUGAAUAAGUCACAGAAAAAGAAACAUAAGAAAAAGAUCGUGACACUAGAUGAUAGUGAUUUAUUUGACAAUGACUUGGACUUUUCUGAAUUUAUUAACCUAUCACCUGCAUCUUCCUCAAAUUUAGAAGAAAACAAGACCAGAGACAGCAGUUCAGGGACAAAGAACCUGAACAAUAGUUUAGAGUCUAGCAUUGAAUCUAUUCCUCAUCCUCCUAAAACACCAGCGGGGAAAAAAAGUUCUGUCCUUGUCUCUCAUUGUUUAAAUUCUCUCACUGAGUUUAUGGAUAACAUGUCCUUCUUGGAUGCCCUUUUAACUGAUAUAAAGGAACAGAAGGAACUUGGGAAAAAUGACUUUCGUUGGACAGAUGGAAUGGUUAAAAGUGGACUUUGUGAUGAGUUUAGUCUUGAGAGUAAUGAUGGAUGGACUUCUCAAAGCUCUAGAGAACUAAAGGCAACUGCAGAAGCUCUUACCUUUACUAAAUGUUCUUCUACUAUUUCAAAAGCAUUGGAAUCCUCCUUGAAUUCUUGCAAGAAAUUAGGAAGAGAUCCAACCAAGGAUCUUACUUUUAGUGUUUCACAAAAGCACAAUAAUGUAUGCUUUAGUCAGUCAGCAACUGAUUUAGACAGUGCUUGGAAGAGGAUAUCAGUCAUUAAAAGUGUGUUUUCUAGUCGAUCUCUUCUGAACCUGGGUAAUAGACAAGCUAGUGUAAUUGAAUACCUGCCAGUUCUCCGCAACAUCUGUAGGAUUGAGAAGCUAAAAGAACAAGGAAAAAGUAAAAGAAGGUUUCUGCACUAUUUUGAAGGAAUUCAUCUUGACAUUCCAAAAGAGACUGUGAAUACUUUGGCAGCUGAAUUCCCUUAAUAUUCUCCAUUAAUGUCUUGUACAGAUUAUGUGGUCCUUUAGAUGCAUUUUUGUAUUAUGUUGAUUUUCAUGGAAGAGUUUAUUUCUCUUAAUGUACAUUUAAAACAGA